AUGUGCAGCCACAAUGAAACCCAUUUCGGUGGCAACAUACUGAUCAUCGUCCUGGAGCUUGGUGGAUACGGGUACAAAGUUGUGUUUCGUUUUCGCGCCAAACACUAUCCGUUCUUCAACGGUUUGCUGUACAACCUGGAGAUACUGCUGGCCAUGAACAACACACUGUUGGCCACUCUACCGACCCUAUUGACCGCUUUCACGGUGGGUCAGUAUUGGUUUGCCGUUACAUUUGUCCUGCAUGUCUGUCGUCGAAUCAAUGAUCGAAUGAUCGAAACAUCGCUUGACAAACAAAGCGGAUCAGCUGAUCGGGUGCGAUUGCUCGACAGUCUUCGAAAGCAGCAUAAUACACUGCACGAGUUGAUGAUAUGCAUAAAUGGAGGAUACGGGAAGGUAUUACUCAGUACCACUGCCACCAUCAUCGUCGUGGUCAAUGUGGAGUUGUUAGAGUUGUAUCAGUACCUUCGCCAGGGUGUUGAAUCCGUGUCCAAUGGAUCACAUGUCGUGUAUGCCGUCAUGUGGCUGCUGAUCCACAUUGGUUUGCUGCUGCUAAUGGUCUAUCCGAACCAUUCCAUGGAUCAUGAGCGUCGACGAACUGGAUUGCUUCUUUACGAGCUGUUUGGAACCAGCAACAAAGAGGAAAACGAGACAGUGAUUCGGUUUUCAAGACAAAUUCUCCUUCAGCGUGAAGGAUACCGUGCAUGCGAUAUUGUUCCCUUGAAUCUAUCUAUUAUCGCUACGCUUAUUGGAGGAUUGAGCAGGGGAUUUGCCAUCUUAAUACAGUUUGCAUCGAAAUGACGACCGUUGCGGUCGACUGAGCCAGCUCGCAAGAUGGAUUAAUCUGUUAAAUGCACGGUCAAUGGACUAAUAAAGAGGACCGCAAUAUAAAAAAGCCAUUGGUGUUUUUAAACAUAACAGCAAUCUUAGUUGAAGAACGAAUUGGAUUUCCCAUAAUUUGAAGUUGGGCAGACUGCACUCAAGCACGCGGGCUUAUCCUUCCUUUGUUGUGGACAAUCAACCUUCGAGUGGUCGAAGUAAUUCCUAUAAAAGAGAUACUCAUUUCCAGGGAACAGUAUCAAUCGAGCUUCAGUGUUCCAACGAAAACAUACAUCAAACCACGAGAAGAUUCGAAAUGCUGCGCGGUAUCACGGUGCUAU